AGCCCGUAUUGUGUUGCUCCGGAGGUUCUUUUGAAGCAUUAUGGUCCAGAAGCGGAUGUGUGGACCGCAGGAGUGAUACUUUACGUAUUACUCAGUGAUGUGCCCCCGUUUUGGGCUGAAACACAACAGGGGAUAUUUGAUGCGGUUUUAAAGGGAUACAUAGUCUUUGAGUCGGACCCGUGGCCUUUUAUAUCUGACAGUGCAAAGGAUCUUAUCAGGAAGAUGUUAUGCUCUCGACCUUCAGACCGCCUAACUGCUCAUGAAAUUCUAUGUCAUCCUUGGAUUUGUGAAAACGGUGUUGCUCCUGAUAGAGCACUGGAUCCAGCCGUUCUUUCUCGUUUGAAGCAGUUCUCUGUAAUGAACAAGUUAAAGAAAAUGGCUUUGCGGGUUAUAGACGAAAGCCUGUCUGAAGAGGAGAUUGUUGGUUUGAGAGAGAUGUUCAGAGAAAAAGAUAAGGUAGAUAAAGAUACUAUGCUCGAUAGGAUAUCACAAAUUGAAGCUAUGUUAACAAGUACAAUUCGAAGAUAGGCUACAAACACUUGGUUUUAAAAGUUUCGAUGUUUAUCAUAUUAGGAUAAUUUUAGUUAUUUGAUGUUUUAGUUGGUAUUUCUAUUAGAAUGUUUUAUAUGCUUUUGAUACAGAGAUGUUUUAUAUAAUUUUGGGUUUUUGUGAUCUUAUUAGACUUUAA